GUCACUGGUCGAUCAAAUUCCUCGAUCGCGUUGUAUCGUGGAUCUGGCGUUUUGCCUUCGUUCUUUCUAUCACCUCACUUCAGUCUCUUCCCUUGUUUCAUAACGCACGAGCAACCAUGGCUUCAACUAGUCAUCUUGCUAACGGAAAGGAUGAGGAGGAGAUCCCGCCACCGCAACGGCCUCCCUCACCACCCCCUCACACUACAUUUGCUGCCCGAGGCGUACAUGCCCCUACUUUCUCUGCCUUUAGACCUAGAGAUAUCAGGAUUAUAUCUUCACAGGUCAUGACCCAUGUUGCAUGGAGCUGCGAUGGACAAAGGUUAGGAGCGGUCGGUAUUGACAAGGUCGUGAGGGUUUGGACACCGGAAAAAAGCAUGGAGCUCCGCUCAGCACAAAUAUACUCUGGAGGUCAUUCAGACGACGUUGAUUACAUCUCGUGGAAUCCAACACAUCCUGAACUGUUCUGCACAACAAGCUCCAAGGACCGAAGGAUCAUCUUCUGGGAUGCUCGACAAAGUCGAUAUGUUCAGUCACUGACAGUCCGAUUCUCGCCUGUGCAAACAACUUACUCGCCAGAUGGUCGAACACUCUUAGUAACUUCUACUGGGAGAAGUAUGUACUAUUUGACGUAUGGCAAGAAAGAGGGUGAUGAGAAGGAGCAGUGGUAUCUAUCUGACUCACAGCCAAUUCCUGCCACAACCGCGAUAUUCAACCAUACAGGGGACGGCAUAGUGCUUACGCACUCAUCUGAGUCCAGCGUUCGGAUACUCAGCUUUCCUGGUUUGGAACUGGUGCACAGUCUGCCUGCACAUAUAGGCGGUUGUGUGGCGGCAGCUCUGGAUCCUAGGGGAAGGUAUCUUGCAACGGGAGGCAACGAUUCAAUUGUAAACCUGUUUGACCUUAACGAGUGGAUAUGCGCACGAACCAUCACUGCCUGCGACCAUGCCAUUACGGCCCUAAGUUUUUCUUACGACGGCGAGUUCAUCGCAAUCGCAAACACCGGAUCUUACAUUGACAUUUGUGCAACCGAGACGGGCAUGCCUCUUCAUCGUAUACCAGCCUUGGGCCCAUCGCAAACGGUGCAGUGGCAUCCUUCAAAAUAUGUUAUUGCGUACUGCGGCCAGACCAGGGUUAGAGAGGGUGGGCCUGCUCCGUCUGCUUGGCUUAGCUUGUUCGGUCCUGGGAUGUGAAGUUAGCAUGGGAUGAUAUUUUACCUCUGUAAUAUAUAUGAUUAACUCCCCACGUUCCCCUUAGUAGUGAAUUGCAAAGUGUAUCACACGCAGCAUUAAUUCCUUCAGAUACAUUACCUCGCUGUAACAGCACGCAUUGGGACUACUUCGGCGGCCAGCUGCAAGUACAGCAGCAACGUAGCAACAAAGGCGAUGAACAUCCAGAAAGCUGCAGACCGCG